GCGAACCGAAUGCACACCGUACUCGUUCGAUCCCGAAGAUUCGAGUUUAUAACAGUGUAUUUUGUUUAAGAAAAUUCGGAAUAAUUUUAUAUUAUGUCGGAGAAAAACGAGAACGAAAAGAUUAACGCAAGGAAGAAACAAAUAAAGGCAAAUAGUGGUCCAAUAACUAGGAAUUUGUCAGGGAAAUCUAGAACCGAUUCAGUUCUCCCGGAGGUAAACAACACCAUUAUCUCGAAGGAAGUGAAAACAGCUGGAACCACCUCUGAUAACGUGAGCGAUAUUAUGAAUGAAGAAGUUAUCAAUGAACAUAAUGUACGAGGGCAGGUUCAAAACUUAAAGGAACAACAACAGGAUGAAUAUAACGAAGUUUUCACACCAAAGAAGACCGUAAUGCGUACUCCACCUGAAGUCAAGAGAACAGGAGAUGGACACAUAGCAAUAUCUGGACCAUCCAUAGGAAAAAUAGAUAUGAACCUACCAUUAGUCAGUAGAGAUUCGGAAAAUACGGAGAAUAUAAUAGAGACUAUACUUGAUGCGCUAAGAAAUCUAAAUGAUUUUUCGGAGAAAGAAAAACUUGAAAAGACGGAUCAAGAACAAUUAAGGAAGGCAGUUUUCAAACUCCACGAAAAAGUGACUAAACUUGUUUAUAGAUUUGGAAAACUCGAAACAGAAAACCGCAAAGAAAAUCAUCCUAAAAGUAAUAUCCUCAAGCCCGACGAAAUUAAUAGAGAUACAGAGAUUGACAGAGAAGUAUACCAGGAAAAUCAUUCACAAAUCAAGACUUACAGUUCGAUACUCACUACAAGGAAAAAUACGGAAACAACUAAAACUCAAAAAUGGAAAACUCCGGAAAAGGAAAAUAAAUAUGAAAUAUUGAUAAAUUCAAAUAAUAGAGAAGAAACUUGCGACAUCGUAAAAAAUGUCAAGCUAAAAUUUAAAGAAUUGGGCAAAAAUGAAACUCUAAAAAAUAUUAGACACUUGCAGAAAGGAGGAGUAAUAUUUGAAUGCUAUAAUGACGAGCAACAAAAACGGAUUCAGGAAAUUUUGAAAAAACAAGGCAGUCUUCAGACAAAGAACAUACAAAACAAGGAUCCAAUGAUUAUGAUAACGGGAAUCAAGAAAGGCUAUCAAGAAGAUAUCUUCAGGAAGGAGCUGAUAGAAGAUAACCCGCAGAUGACAGAAAUUUUUGGCCCACAGGUGGAAAAUAGCCUCAAAUUCAUCGCAAAAAAGAUGUAGUAACUUCGGGCAUAUAGCCAAACAUUGUCGAGCAGAGCCAUGCUGUCACAAAUGUAGUGGUAGACAUGAAUCGAAGGAGUGCACCAAUAAAGAUCCAUUAAACUGUCCAAAUUGCAAACGUUUGGGUAUUAAGGAUAGGAGACACUCUGCAAGAGAUCAGAAAUGUCCAGCCUAUAUACAAAGAAGGGAAAAGCAACGCCAAUAUAUCAACUUCAAUGGUGAUGGUGAUGAGCAAACUGAUUUUUUAUGAAAGAAUCGAAUCCAGGGACAACUAAACAAAAUCAAGUAAGUGACAACUGUGGAAACUUUAGUAUUAUACACCAAAAUGUACAAUCCGUGGGUAAUAGUAUAGACUUAGUAAAUGCUCUACUAGAAAGUAACGAUGAUUGUAAAUGUCUAUGUAUCUCAGAACAUUGGAAAACACAAGAACAAUUGAAAUGUUUCAAUGUUGAAAACUUCAAACUAGCUGCUAGCUUUUGUAGGAGGAAUGGUUAUGGGGGUACAGCUAUAUAUUUGUCUGAAAAAUUGGAAUAUAAAAAAAGAAAAAAAAUUGAAAUGCUUUCAUCGGAGAGCAUAUUUGAAUGCGCUAGUAUUGAAUGUAAACUCAAGAAAGAAAAUAUUAUUAUAAUAUCAAUAUACAGACCCCCUAAGGGAGAUUUCAAAAUUUUCCUCGGGAAGCUAGAGCUGAUACUGCAUAUGAUCAUAUCAGAGAACAAGAAGGUAUUUGUAUUGGGAGAUUUUAACGUUGAGCUGCUCGAACAUAAUAAUUUUGGAUCACAACUUCUGGCUGUAUUAGCGUCUUUCAAUUUGUAUCCUUCAAUUUUUGAAAACACCAGAAUAACACCUACCUCAAAAUCAUGUAUCGAUAACAUUUUUACAAAUUUACCUGAUCAGUGCAUCUCAAGUUCAGUAUUGUUUACGACAAUUUCAGACCAUACAGCUCAAAAAAUUGUACUCAGUUUAGAUUUACAGACAAGGAAUUCCCCUUAUUAUAAAAGAUUUUUUGAUGUGAUGAGUAAAAAUGAAUUCUUUGAUGACUUAAAAGAACAAAACUGGAAUGAAAUUUACGAGGUAGAUAAUGAGAAUGUGAAUAAACAAUGGCAUAUUUUCAUGAAAAUCUUUAUGACUAUAUUUAAUCAAAAAUUCCCGAAAAAAUUAUUCAAUCAAGGCUAUAAAUCUAGGCAAAAACUAUAUGAGACAAAUGAAGCGAUCCAACAGAAGAAAAUUAAAUUAGAUAAUCUCCUAUUUUUGAAACAAU